AUGAACAGACAGAGACUGCGUAAUCGCGUCACCAGCAGAGCCAACACAAUGCCAAUGGCGAAUCCACCCAUUCCAAACAGAUCUGACUACGACCAACCAAACAUAGAAGACUCGCUUCAGGACUGGUUGACCCGAAGCAUUUCAGAAUCCGCUAGUUCGCCCGUCAGUUGGUUACUCGAUAACCCAUGUCGUUGCUGUGGAAAAUCAGACUGCGAAAGUUUGGCGACCCUGACAAAGGCAAUUCGGAAGCUAGAAGUCGAUACCCGCCUAGCAGCAGAAAUCGGACAAGGACUAUUACACAAACACGAAGCCUUUGUACGAGAGUCGAGUCAGACAAGUGCCCUGUUGGAACAGCAGGUAAGACAGUUGUGUCUCGGUAAGAGCGGGUGUAACCAACAGUUUGGCCAGCUAGAAGAAUCGCGCGAUCAGGUUCUGUUGCUCGAAAACCAACUUGAAGAAAACGAUAAUAUUCGCCAGGAUCUUGUUGAAAAGAACAACCGAACAACAUGGGAGUGGCAAAAGACACAAAAGAUCAUCGAGGAGACGGCAGCAGAUCUUGAGACAGCUAAUGCGCGGUGUCUUCAAUUGACUACCGAACUCCAAAACAGAACUGUAGAGAUUGAGAAGCUGAGGAUAUUCAAGUUUAUGGUUCGACAGGCAGACGCACGAGAAGAAACGCUACGUACAAAGCUCGAAGAUUCGAAGCAAGAGUUGGCCUUGGCACGAAAAAAUGAGCUUUCUUUGGAAUCAAAACACAAGAAACUACGGGCUAAAUAUGAGUCCAUAAGUGGUGCCUAUGAACGUUUGAAACAAGAUCAGCAAGAAAUGACAAUGAGCCCAGAAAGAAAAGCCGACCUUGUCUGGUUGCGGGAGUCAAACGAGAAACUACGUAGAGAUGUGCUCAAGCUUACGUCCACAUUGCUAUCCCCGACCUCCGACCCCGCGAACCACAGUCAUCUGGUGAACUUUAUCAAGGAGUUGGCAUCCGCAAACACAAAGCUUAAGGCUGAUUUACUCGAUUACCGAGACAACGCCGUUGAAGCAGAUACUGCAAGUGAAAAUGACAGUCCUGUAGAAAGUACGCCAGAGAACACACCGGAAACCACACCGGAAACCACUCCAGAAACCACUCCAGAAAACACACCAGAAAUUACACCUGAGUCUACUGAUGGUGUGGCAAGUCCUCUAGCAAUAACUCAACUCAAGAAGGAAGACAUUUCAACUUGGAUGAGUACUUCUGCACCACAACACGAAGACAAGCAUCUUCUAAGAUCUCGGAAAUUGUCCAAGAUACGUGCCCGUCGCCUGACAACCACAGACGGAUUAGGGAGCCCCUUGCUGGCCAAGGCUCCUUCUCCCACCUCAUCAACCUCCCUUCCAACCACAACGCCUGUCAUUCACCAUCACUACCACUACUAUAUGCAGCGUAAUAAAGCAAUUAUGCAAGCCGAAGAGGAGAAACCGAUCCAUCCAACAGAAACAAUACCACCAAAAGUCAUCAGUCAGCCCUCACCAUCGUCGUCACUCAAAACAGUUGGUAGUAAGACUUCUGAAGACAAGCCUCCUUACCACAUCCUACUAUCAAUUGCCAGUCAUGUAUUUGAACGCCUGCAAGAUACAGACAUCCGAGCCCUCAAUCGUCAGCUAAAGCGUACAUUCGAUAUGCUUGAGCUUAGUGCAAUGAGCAACACGAUUAUCGAGAAUGUAAUGGUGGAUGUUGACGGACUGAGAACCCGGUUUAUCAUAAUCGAAGAUUCAAAGGACAUUGUUCUAGCCGACUUUUUCCCACUACUUAAUCUUAUUCAAGAGAUGCUUCGAGAAAUUGGUCAUUUACGGUCUACUAUGAAUGACCUACAAGUGGAAUAUGUCAAAAAAAUCGAAGAGAGUGACACACGGGUCAAAGAAGAAGCUCUUCGAAAACAACAACCACCUCCACGAAAGGCAUCUACAGGACCACUUGCGUGGCUGUCAAGUGUUUUCCAGAGGGCAGAUGAUCCAAAAGUGGUUCAUCGGACUCUAUCUCACGAAACCAUUCGUCCUGAUAGGCCUCUAUCGAUGACAGAAGACGACUACAAGAAGUCUACUUUCCGCACACCAGCCAUUCAGACCGUUCGGCGCAAGAAGAGCGACCUUGACAGACAUGGUCCGGCUUCAAGUUUCCCUCGCCCCACAACCGAGAAGCGACGAAAUAAUCUACAGCCCAAGCCAAUUCCUUAUCCUGUCCUCAGAUCCUCGAACAGCACUGGAACCUCAAAGCGAGCCAAGUCUAUUGCCGCAGGAGCAAAUGGAGUCGAGAGAAAGAAAAGCGCUCUUGGGCUGAAUAUUACAAAAGGAGAUCUCAGCUCUAGUCCAGCCUCGCCAGACAAGGAAGCUGAUUGGAAAGGGGCUGCAUUUGGUACCAGCUGGCUCGGCAACAAAUAA